ACUUGCGUUUGUUGCUCUAAGGACGCUUCAAUCUUUGUGCCAUGGCUCCGCAUUACCAGGCCGCUACGCUGAUUGCUGCUCCGUCCUAUCCGAACUCCAUUACCUGGUCAAGCGAGAACUUGGUGGCUGUUGCUUCUGGUCACAUUGUCACUAUCCUGAACCCAGCCGCAAUUGAAGGGCCUCGUGGAUUUGUCUUGCUUCGCCCUAGAGAUCCUUUUCCCAUUGGAGUGGUUAAAAGAGAAGAUCUCCUUGAACCAUGUUUAGUCCCCACUUUCUUAGUGUGUGAUACUGAACCAUGCGCACGGUCAAUUUCAUGGUCUCGACAAGGCUUUGCACCUAAUUCUGGUUGUUUGCUUGCCGUUUGUACUGUUGAUGGUCAUGUAAAUCUUUACCGCCCACCAAUUUGGGAAUUCUGUGAUGAAUGGGUUGAGGUCUCGGAUGUUUCUAAAUUACUGUUCAACUAUUACAAAAGUAUAAACUUUGGAGAGGAUGAUAGUCCUGAUUCAAUUCCUCAGGAAAAGGCAAAUAGUGAGCAGACACAUGCGAUGGAAUGUACUGGUGAAUUGCAAGGACCUCUUUCCUGCAGCGAUCUUGGGCGGAGAAAAAGGAAACCAUCAAGAUUUGAAAGCUAUGUUUAUGAUGAGGAUGAAGGUGAUUUAGAUGCUUCAAAGGAUGCAGACUUCUGGCUCAAUCCAUGCUGCAAGUCAAAGAAGAUAUCUAUGAAGACGAUUGUCAAAUCUGGGCGUACAACUGCUAUCGUAAAUGGGUUAGGUGGCUCACAGGAUACGAAAGCAGCAGUCUCUUGCAACAAAGAAAACGCAUGUCUUCCUCUUAUCACCGCAGAACAGUAUGCACUUCAAAAUGCAAUUUUGUCUUCUCUGGUAGUUGCAUGGUCUCCAGUUGUGCCAUCACGCGACACUACUUCACAUUUGUUGAGAAAUUGGUGCAUUCUUGCUGUUGGCUCCAAGUCUGGGGACGUUUCAUUUUGGAAAAUAUGCAAGCCUGAGUAUUACACCAUAGAUGUUUGCAUGGUUACCAGAGAUCCAAUACUCAUCGGGGUUCUCAAAGCACAUAAUUCAUGGGUUAGUGCCAUCAGUUGGGAAGUUUCCUUUGCAGACUCUUCAAAGUCCUCACUACUUUUAGCAACUGGAUGUUCGGAUGGAAGUGUGAAGAUAUGGUCCGGUAAUACCGAAGGAUUAAAUCAAUGUACAUAUGUAAAAGAAUUGCCAUUUUCAUUAUUGGUUGAGGUCACUGCUAAUUCGUCAGCACCAGUCUCGUCAGUUUCAUUAUCUGUACCAGCUCAGCCUCAACAUGGGGUUAGUUUUAACUUGGCAAUCGGAAGAGUAUCCGGGUCACUGGAAACAUGGAUGUGGGAUCCAUGUAGAAACAAAAUUGAGAAUACCAGUGCAUGUCAUGCACAUGAUCAAGUGGUGACAGGUUUAUCAUGGGGUUUGGAUGGCCAUUGUUUAUACAGCUGCAGCCAGGAUAAUUCUGCACACUGUUGGAUUUUCGAGAAACUGAAACUUGAAGGAAUUCCCGUGCACACAAAUUUUCAGGAGCUAAAAGAGUCAACAGAUCUACCAAAAGUAUCUGAUCAAUGCUUUGGACUUUCGAUUGCACCAGGACAACUAAUGAUUGCUGUGGUCCGCACUUUGGAUCAAAAUCUGUUAGAUCAGAUGUAUCAAGCCAGGACAGAGAAAGCAGUGGUUGAGUUCAUUUGGAUUGGUGGUCAGUUCCUUGGUCUUCCACUAGACAAGGGCAUUUAUAUCUGCAGUCCACAAUCUGGCACUAACUUCUUAUGGUGGGGAUCCAACAUAUUUUGGUCAUUGAAGAAAUAUGAAAAUGGUGAAAGAGGACUGAUCUUAUGGGAUAUCAUAGUUGCGCUACAAGUGCUAAAGAAAUCCGCACCGACCUUUCUGGAAACGUUAAUGCAUAAAUGGGUCUCAAGUCUGCUUUCAUAUGAUCAGUGUGAUUCUAUCAUUAUCUCGCAUCGUUCGAGAAAUGACAUGAUAUCCAAGGCCAGCUUGCGGAAGUUACACUUGCUGAAUAUCGUUUGUAGGAAAGUAAUGCUUAGCGACCAUCCACAGUAUUCUCCUGGUGGAGAAGAGGGUAACAAUGCGGCAACUGAUUUAUGGACCAAUCUUCUAGUGAGUAGCGAAACAGAGCUGCGGAAGAGGCUUGUGGCUUUCACUUUUGCUGCUGUCUUGGGUCGAAUAUCAUAUUUGCGGAAGGGCGUCUCUAAUGACAACCGGUGGUUUCCUGUUGGAAUUGCCCAGAUGGAUUCGUGGGUAUCUAUGAAUAGUGGAGAAGUGCACAAUGAGCUCAAGUCUCUGAAAUCGAGGAUCAAAGACUUAGGAAGCAGGAUCGACUCGGUGUGUGAAUAUUCGGUUGAAGAAACCUGCCCCUACUGCUCUGCGCCGGUGCGCUUUGAGUCGCCCGAUGUAGCCCUGUGCGGAAGCGGAGAUUCUGCUAUGGUCCCAGCUGAAAGGCACAGACUGUCGAGAUGCGCAGCGUCGAUGCGCCUUUGCUCCGUCCUGCAACCAGCCUGGCACUGCACAUGUUGUGGAGGAAUGGUCGAUAAGCUGGUGCCGGAGACCUUCUUCACCAUGACGGCAUCCCCUCUGGAUGCCAACCAUGGCAGUGAAUCGCUUUGCUUGUCAGCGCCUGCCGUUCCACUUUGCCCCUUCUGCGGCAUAACGCUGCAGAGGUCGACGCCGGCGUUCCUGCUCUCCGUCUCCCCGUUAUAGAAAUUAGCGGGACUCCCCAGUCAUUCAGAUGAUUUGCCUUGAGAAUCUAUGAAUUUGACAGGAGUAGCAGCUUAACGGACUAGCCUUUGGUUUCAGUUGCAAGCCACAACCUGCAACUCCAUCUUCCUGGCACGCUUCACCAACCAGCCGCACCCAUUUCCUCGUUCAACUUCAAUUCCUCCACCCUGUCUCUUCCUCUCACUAUCCAAGUGUAACAUCUACUGUAGUUCUUUUGCAGUAUUGUGCACCUGUUGUUAGUAGAUGCUGCUUGAAAGCGCAGCGAUAUUUCUUAAUAACUGUUACAUGCAGAUGGGCCGAUGGGACGAUGGCUCGGCUGCCUGGUGCAUGCUCCCGUCAUUCCGGCCACCAGACACUAGAUGCUUAGGGAGAUGUUUAGAAAA